GGACUGGUGGAAACAGGGCCUGAGUUAGAGAUCUGCCAAUCGCUGUUCUGCCAAAGCUCUUGUUCACGUGCCGACCAAAAUGAGAUAUUUACAGGGACAUUUACAAAGGGCGCUAUAAGAUAUAGGAGUGGAUGCAAAAGUUGUACAUCAGUCCGUUUUUUUCUCUCCCAUCUUAACCACGGAAUUCAGGAAUGAUAUUUAGCGUUGUUUAAUUCUGCCCAUUCAGCACCAUGGAUGGUUUCACGGAAUCGUUUAGCGACGGUGCAGGAUGUUCUCUUUCUCUAAGAGCCGGUUUGUCUCAGUUCUCGGAUGUCUUCAGUGCUUUUGGAAAUUACAUCGCACCGACAUACCACCACGACAGAUGUGAGAGGUCUGUACAGAUGAGGCUGUAUGCCUUGAACAAACGACACUUUGUGGUGGUAUUUGCAGCCUUUUUCAUUUCCUUUGGAAUAAGUGUUCUGAUUGGCUUAGCAGGUCCACCAAUCAUAACAACAGUGUCAAAAAAUGUUUCUGGUAUUGUUAAAAAUUACAAGACAGGGCCAUUUGAACUGAAAUCCCCAUCUCUGUCUCGCUUCCAUCAGCAGCUUUGGCUCAUUGCUCAUGUUGAUGCAGAUAUCAGCGCAGGUACAAAAUUUGAGCACAAGUUUGACAUUAGCAUGCUGGUACGUGGAGUGAACGGUGAAGAGGAGCCUAGCUUUAGCACAACUUACAUGACACAGACGUACCACAACAGAAGCAGGAUAUUACGUUGUGAAAAGACCUGUGAUGAUCUGAUCCUGUUACACCUGGGAUACCUAGACUACACUAACUACAUCAUCAACAUCCACUUUUAUGGCCUGGAAAACAUCAGAUUUGACAUAAAGAAUGUACAGUUUUCUUUCAAGAGCUACAACACAGGUUUUACACAGCUGGAGAUCUGGAUGCGCUUUGUGUUCCUGGUAUUGACUUUCCUGGCCACAUGUAUAUUUGCCCACUCCCUCAGGAAGUUCUCUGUACGGGAUUGGUCUAUAGAACAAAAGUGGAUGUCAGUGUUACUACCUCUACUCCUACUCUAUAAUGAUCCCAUCUUCCCGCUGACUUUCCUCAUAAACAGCUGGGUGCCUGGCAUACUGGAUGCGAUCUUCCAAGCCACCUUCCUCUGCGCUCUGCUGCUCUUCUGGCUCUGUAUAUACCAUGGAGUCAGGCAGACUGAGCGUAGAUUUGUGGUGUUUUAUUUACCCAAGUUGUGCAUUGUGGGUCUGAUAUGGCUGUGUGCUGUAACACUGUCAUCCUGGCAGGAGUACAAUGAGCUGAGAGACCCUACCUACUACUACAGACUCGACACAGCCAAUUUUAUGGGUUUCAAGGUGUUUUUCUUCAUUAUUGGUGGUCUCUACCUGCUAUAUCUGGUUUACCUCUUAGUGAGAGCUUAUGCUGAAUUGCGGUCGAUGCCUUACUUUGAUUUGCGCCUCAAGUUUCUGACAGCACUCAUGUUGAUAGUGUUGUCCAUCAGUAUAGCGAUAACUGUGAUCAGAUUUGGAGGGGCCAUGCUGGAGGAUAACUUUGUCUCAGAGAUCUCCACAAAUUACCAGAACUCUGUGGAGUUUGUCUCAUUCUACGGACUGCUCAACUUUUAUCUCUACACCAUGGCAUUUGUCUACUCUCCUUCGAGAAAUGCCUUAUAUGAAUCUCACUUCAAAGACAAUCCUGCUCUGUCCAUGCUGAAUGAUUCUGAUGAAGAAGUGCAUUAUGGGUCUGACCAUGAGGAGACAGCCCUAACAAGCACACAGAUCCACAGGUAUGAGAGUGACUAAAGUGUGGAGGAGCUACAAAACAAACCUGAAGUCAUCAUCAACACUCUUCCUGUUACAGCCAUCAUUGCACUGUACAAAUGUCCCAGGCAUCAGUCAUUUUCUUAUAUUACAGUCGCUUUUUUUUGUUCAGAGCUUGGGUAAAACAAAACAUAAUUUUUUUUAAGUGACGUUCAUAAAUUAUACCACUACUGACCGUGUCAUACCUGUAUGUGGAUGUUGACAAACAUACCCUGCUUUACAUGUACUCAAUCUUAUUGUACAUGUAUACAUUGUAUUUGAUCCAUUCUAGAAAAUCUGAUAGCUGUUACUUCCAGAAUCACAGUUUAGAUGCAUUUGUAUUCAGCUAUAUCCUUGUACUGGUAAAAAAAAAAGUCUGCCCUGGAGAUUUUGUAAAUGAUCAAUACUAUAGAAAUUGAAUUAACCCUUUUCAGUCUGUCCUGUAAAUUUAAACUUUUUAUUGCAUAUGUAUAAAACAGUUGCUGAGGUUAUCAAGCAUAGUUUGUAAAACUAGGUUGAAAGCCCUCUUCUCUGUACAGUCAGAUGUUUCUGAUGUACCUCAGAUAAGUAUGUGUACCAAUUACUGUAAAUGACCAUAAAUUUCGCCCAUGACUAACUUUCCCAUUUUGCCUGAUUCUGAGAGUUCCAUUGAUCUUAGAAAGGUGUUUUGAGGUUUGCUUGGAACAUUGAAUUAUAUUCUUGUGGAAAACUGUGAUUUUUAGCUCCAAAAAUAAUAUUUUGUGACAUUUAUUUGUCUCUAAAAAUGCACUUUUGUGGGCGAAAUUUAUGGUUGUUUAAGGUAACUGCAAACAUGCAGUUCUUCUUACCUAGGACAUCUUUGACAUUUCAUUAUGAUCUUUAUUUAUGAAAAGAAAUUGUCAAUGAAAUAUAGAAGACGUAACUGUCCUUGUCUCAUUAUGUAUACAUUGUAGCUCAAAUUUUUCUUCUGUUUUAGUCAUGAUUUGUUUUUAUUUAUAGUAGCACCUUUACCUUGCUGAUAUGGGUUUUUUGGCCCAGCCUCCAUAAGGUUUAACUAUUGUUUAUUUGUCAUAAGUUCACUUUUGACUGUUUUUGCUGUAAAUAUACAUUUGUGGUAUCCAGAAGAAAAUUAAUAUUGUAUGUACUUUUGUGAUAUUUGCCACUUAUGUAGUCUGGUCUAUAUUUUAUGAUCAGCCAUUUGUUUUGUUGAGAGUGAAAUAGUUUGGUCUGUUUUCAUCUUGUUAUUUCCCUUUUAACUCUGUACAUUCUGUAAGUCAUCUGUUACGGAAUAAGUCGCGCACAUUUUAAGCUUUAUCUGAUGUGAUUUUUACAUUGACAGAAACUUAACAUCAUUCACUACUUUAUAUUAGUACAUGUAUUUGUAUGAAAAUCCCCCAUAUAAAUGCAACCAAAGGAUAUGUGCAAUAAUUUUGCGUGAUUGAAAAUGCAUAUAUUUUAAACAGAGAACUGUGUUUAUUGCUGCUAGGAGCCGAUUUGGUUGUAAGCUUGUUCUUUUUGAUUAUUUUAUUGUCAAUGACAAUUGUUCAAUUCCAAAUGUAAGUCACACCUGUAUACUUGUAUAUAGAAAUAUGUAUGUUGCGGUUCUUGUAUAGCAAUGCUAUGUGACCUAAGAUAAGGAAUACGUGUUCCUUAAGUUUGAACGGUGUACCGAAGUUAUAAGCUCAUGUUCACCCCUGACCACCACCAAGUGAACCGAAGUUGAUAAUAAGUCCUGGUAUUGAAAGUUCUGAACAAGGGUUCAGUGUAAAUAUCCGUAAACAAUAUAUAUGUAUACAUGUACUGUAUUGUUUGCCUGGCAUAAUAACAAGAGUAAGAUCUAUUUAUAUGAGGAUACAUGUGGCUGAAUGUUGCUAAACUGUCGUACUGGGUAACUGCAUGCAUGUCUCUAAUAUGUGUUCCUGGUGAAAAAUCUCAACAGUUCAUGGUUUAGAUACAAGCCUAAAGUUACAUUAUUCACCAGAGUUUUCGUUCAUCAUGUAUUUCAUUCGCAUGGAUACAUCACAGGCAAAGACAUGUUUUUUUCCUUUCUGUAAUAUGUACCUGAUACAUGUAUACUGUUUUCGUCAUGUUGCAAAUGGACUUUUUCCAGGGGUAUAAGUGAAAAACACUUGCAUGAAUACAUGUGGACUUUUAAAACAGAUCACAAGAAUGUGCAUACAGUCUAGCAGCAUUUGGCAUUCUCGAUCAUUAUUUAAAUUAUUAUCCAAAAUAAACGUUUUC